AUGACUCGAGACGUUCGACGUCCUGAGAAGGGCCCCCAGACCGAAGCCGGCCUCGAUGCUGAACUUCUAGCCGGCCUUUGGGAAGAUGCGCCUCUCGCGCGCCUGCCGUCUGAUGCGCCGCCCGAACUGAAGGACAUGGUACAGAUCAUAGAGAACCCGAAGCGCGUCUACGCCAUCCACCGCGCCAGUCGCCGGCACAACUUCCAGAUCCUUGUCGAAACAUACGUCCAACAGCUACGAUACAACAUCACGAGCGCAAGAACCUUGGCAGUGUACCUGGCCAGCCAGGACAAUCCAGAGACUGGGCUCUGCCCCUACCUUAACCCCCCGAAAGAAACACCGGCCGCCCUGAGCUCGCUCAUAUUUUCCUCCAACCCCGCGCCUCCAGCAUUCAGCGACCCCUUUUCGAAGCGAUCCGGUACAUCGGGGGAUAGUAGAAGGCGGAAGUCAGGUUCGGGCGCCAGGGCAAAUGGCGAAAAUGGCAGUUCUCUGAGGGCUGCCCAGGGUACCGAGGAGAUUGGUCGUCGAGCAACAAUAUCCUCCACGCACGAACGCUCGCAUUUUGAUGCGGCAACAGGGACUGCACAUCCUCCAUUUAAGGUCGCUGAACGACCCGUCAAUAAGGAUUACCGUUCUUUUGCGGCCAACGUAUUUGGGACCGUCGCCUUUAAGAUGUUGGAAUGGCUCACGCCAGCUGGCCUGGAUGCCAUGUCCCAAAAAGUCGCGGCAUUGGAGGCAGAGGCGACACAAAGUCCCUCCAAAGAAGAACCGCAAAUGUUCCGCAACCCAUCAGGCCUGUCGACGCCUAUGCAGUCGACGCCUCCCAUGACCCAGGCAGAGAGGAAAGAUCCGGGCGAACUCUCUCAGUCGACCACGGACCAAGGACCGGAUGCAGUCUUCGCUCAGGGGUCACAGACACUGCAUAAUUCAAUACUCAACGUGGAGGUAGUUGAUCUCGUAUGCGACAUUCUCCAGGAUGACGGUACAUCAGAGUCCCACCUGCUUGAUCCCCCAAGGAUUACCAGCACGUACACCACACUCAAGGACCGGGCUUCCAGAAUGCAGAGGAAGCAGAGCUCCCGAGCCACCUACCCAAAGAAACUUCGGAGACAGUGGAAGCUUUUUAUUGAGCAAAGUCUAUUCAAUAUAUUGAGCGACCCCGUUAGCUUAGUCGCAUCUUUUGUUAAGGACGAUGAGUUGCUCGAUUCCCACACCAUAUGUUUGUGGAUGGCGGCCGGGAGCCUGUUCAAAGCACCCAAGUCACUUCAAUCCCUUCGCUCCCCUGCUACCAGAGUGUUCCGCCGAACCGAUCGAUCUCUUGCCAAUGUCGAAGCAGGCCAGCUCUUGUCAAUAUGCCUCCAUGCGUUGGUGGCCGCGGCCCCAUUGAUUACAGACUCCCGAAUCCUUUUCGACAUGUCACGGAUCCGUUCUAAUGGACUUACUCUUGCCGGAAGCGGUGCUCUCGCGCGGCAGCCAGCUUGGCUCUGCCUUUUGUAUGAGGAUGCCUUCUCGAACGAUUUGGCACUCAGGCUGGCGAGGCGUUUGUUCGCCGCCAUAUCCGCCCGUAGAUGUUUUGCAGACAUGGCUGCGCAAGACGACGACCUUGAGGACAACAAGGAGGACUUUGACGCCCUUCGACCCCUUCUGUCUCAACUUGACCUACUUAACUCGUACUCAUCUUCUACUCCUGGGGUGGGACAGCUCGAGCGAGCUGGCCACGAGUCCAGGGUUUCUACGCUACUUCUAGACUGGGCCAAGACGGUGAUGCUUCAGCAAUGGGAUGGCCAGCCUGAAAUCUCAUACGAUAGCUCCUUUGGUGGAGCGUUGUCACUAAUUGCUGCUAUGUACGAAAAACGACAAGACUUGCUUCUCGGAGACACUCAAUUUCGCGUGGAUUACUUUGCCGAGAGGCUGGACUCGAUCAAUAUGCCUGUCGCCUGGCUCACCCAUACCUCCUCGAGACAGAAGAAGCACCUAUUGGACUUCCCCUUCAUCUUUGAACCAUCUGCCUUGGUUUCUUACUUCCGAUCCAUCAACUUCUCGAAGAUGAGCCGAAGCUAUGAGGAAUCGAGCUCGCUCCAAACACGUAUGAAAGCGAUUGUUGCUCCCGGAGGCCUCAUUACCAAUCCCCAUCACAAACUUGUUCUACAAGAUCUUCUUAAAACAGCCUCCUCAAAAUAUUUGAUCCUCGAGAUUAGUCGUAAGAACGUCAUCAGGGAUGCUUUCGAUCAACUCUGGCGGCGAGAAGCAAGAGAGCUGCAUAGACCGCUCAAGAUCCAUCUUGGCGAGGAAGGUGGCGAAGAGGGAUUCGAUUCGGGCGGAGUUCAACAGGAGUUCUUCCGGCUUGCUGUUGCUGAGUGUCUCAAUCCCGAUCAUGGCGCUUUCACGGUUGACGACCGGACCCGCAUGACCUGGUUCGUCCCAGGCUCCGUUGUACCAGCCUGGAAGUUUGAGAUCCUUGGUCUGCUGGUGUCAUUGGCUGUCUAUAACGGCCUGACGCUACCCAUCACAUUUCCUAAGGCACUUUACCGCAAGCUCCUAGGUGAGCCUGUGGAUGAGUUGCAUCACAUCGCCGACGGAUGGCCAGACCUCGCAAUGGGACUGACGACAUUGCUUGAAUGGGACGAGAAACAGGGUCUUGUCGAAGACGUCUUCGCACGCACAUAUGAAUUUUCCGUAUCCAUGUUUGGACAGCCCAUUUCUCGGGAGAUGGAUGGCAAGGCCAGCAGCUGGCCACAGUUCGAGGCGACUGCUAAGACGUCGCUUGUGGACGGGAAUCCCGAGGAUGCUCCGCUCGUCACCAACGAGAACAGGAAUGUGUACGUCAGCGACUACAUCAAAUACCUGACGGAUGUUUCCGUUGCCCCGCAGUACGAAGCGUUCGAGCGUGGGUUCCGAGCUUGCUUGCAUCCCAAGGCACUCGGGCUUCUGACUCCGCCACUUCUCCAAUCCCUCGUGGAGGGCGUCCAGGAGAUUGACAUUUCUGAACUGCGCAGAUACACCAGAUAUGUCGGCUGGGACGCGACCCACCGCGGCGUCCGAGACUUCUGGUCGAUUGUUAAGCGCUACGACGAGAAGAUGAAGAGGCGGCUGCUGGAGUUUGUUACCGCGUCGGACCGUGUGCCCGUCGGCGGCAUGAAGAAUAUGCAAUUUGUCGUUCAACGAAACGGCGAGGAGGAGGGCGAGGGCGGACAUUUGCCCACCGCGUACACUUGUUACGGUACGCUUUUGCUGCCAGAGUACAAAGAUAAAGAUGUCCUGAGAGAGAGGCUUUCCAUGGCAUUGGAGAACGCGCAAGGCUUUGGGUUUGCUUGA